AUGGAGAAGCCGUUGGCGCUGGUGGCCAAGAGCCCAGAGUUCAAGCAGGGUAUCAUGCAGGUGUGGCAGCCCAAAGGCAUUGGCAGUGAUCCACCCAGCUUGAGCGUCAAGGAAGUGCAGAUAAAGAUCCCAGGAUGCAAUGAAACGCUGACCUUGCCUGUCUACACCAACACCAAAGUCAUUGAGGUCAAAACGCUUCUGGAGGACCGGCUGGGUGUCGAUGCGGAUCGGCUCCGACUGGUGUAUAAGACCGGAAGCAACUACCGACAGCACCAAGACUGCGACGAGAUCGCACGGCAUGUGGUUCUUCAUGGUGUCAAGUCCUUCCGUCGGGUCAAGAAGCACUACGAGUUCCCACAUCUCAUCAUCGGCGCAGGGCACAUUGGCCUCAAGUUUGCCAUGACUUGGCUUAUGGAGGGCAUUACCGACUUCUUGGUGGUGGAUCGGAAAGACAAGGUCGGGGGCACCUCAUGGCUGGACCAGGCUAAUUCCACGUCUCGACUGCAGACGGAGGUGGGAGUCUACCACUUGGAGUACCACGAGAACCAUGGUUGGCCUGAUUGGGCUUCAGACAAUCCAUGGCCAUCGAGGGACAAGCUCCUCGAGCACUUCCAGGAUGUGUCCGAACGAUACGGACUUUUGCCCUAUGUGCGGCUGAACACCUCCGCAAAUUCCCUGAACGUCAUCGGAAAGGAGUAUUGGAGCCAGAGCUAUGAAGUCACCUUGAAGACGAAGGGAAAGGAAGAAGAGGUAUUCAGAGCAGGAUCCGUGUCGCUCUUCCCUGGGAAUCUGACGAAUCCGAAACGUGUUACUUAUCCUGGAGAGGAUACUUUCGAAGGAGACAUCGUGUAUGGCAUCAGCAGUGCUUUCGAUUACGAGAAGGUUCGCGGCAACAACGUCAUGAUCGUCGGCAGCGGUGCCUUCGCGGUUGAGAACGUUCGAACUUGUGUGGAGCACAGUGCCAAGAAGGUGUACAUGGUCUGCCGCCGGAAGACCAUCUCCAUGCCACGGCUGGUUUCAUGGUUUAUCAACCAGUCCUUGCAAGCCAUCUCAGCGAAGCUCACCCUGGAUUCCAUGACGCCGAUGUAUGACCUGAUCGGCGUGGACCAGUGGUCUUACUAUAGCGUCAUCAGCAAUGAGGCGAGGACAAACGUAACGAUCAAGCAGAAAGCCCGGUUUGGUAUCGGGGAUGUGUAUUUCCUGGCCACGGCUUGCGGCUACUGCGAGCACAUCGUGGACGACACAAAGAGGGUCAGUGGCAACACCGUUCACCUGAACAGUGGUCGCAAGCUGGAGGAUGUGGGAUCCAUCCUCAAGCUGUGUGGCUUCAAUGGUGAGUUCGCUAACGACCGGCUGCUCAAGAUAAAGGAGAUGUAUGGUUGGUGGGUGAACAGGGAUUACCGUCGUUACAUCGUGGCUGAGCCGAUCUUCGUAGAUGCUGGUAACUUCGGCUCUACCAGCUUCUCCCCCGGUGCCAUCUCCUGGACGGAGACGCAG